AUGGAAGUUCGGAAAAGACUGAGGUCCAUCGAGGAGGUCUUUCAAGGCAACAACUGUCCCUACACUUUCCGCGUUCCCAGAAGCGCUUUAGCCAUUAUAGAAAAAUCAGCCUUGCCUACAAAACUGGUAUCGGCUAUUAAAGGCUGGCGUGAUCCAAGAAAAGACGAAUGGGUCUUGGUCGAGCUAUAUCGAUACCCCCGUGUGGAGACUCUCUUCACGGGUGACUUUUUCUCCGCCAUUAGCCACAUAAGUUUAAAACUCAGCGAGGAACAAAGCUAUCUCACCAACUUUCGUGGUUUCAGAUACAAUGGAGACAAAAUUUGCAUCAUAAGUGCCGACAUAUCGACCAACAUUGAAGCAUUCGAAAGAACACACAAAUGCACUCAGCUCUGCACGAUGGAAAUGCCGGUUAAUCAAUCGAUUCCGAUCGCCAUCCCCGCCAACGCAAGUUUUGACAAUGGCUUGAACUACCCGGCCAGUGCGCCGGUGCUCGGAGACUUCCACUUUUGGAGCAGAGAGCCUAUCCCAAUGCCGCCCCCUUACAGCAAACACCCUCCGCCUCUCUCACUCGCUCUCUCACUCACUCGCUCUCUAACUCUCCCUCCCUCCCUAACUCUCUCUCUCUCACACACACACUCACUCACUCUCUAUCUAUCUAUCUCUCACUCACUCUUUCUCUCUCUCACUCUUCCUCUCUCUCACUUACUCUCUCUCACUCUCUCUAACUCACUCACUCUAUCUCUCUCACUCUCUCUCUCACUCACUCUCUCACUCACUUUCUCUCUCUCUCACUCUUCCUCUCUCUCUCACUUCUCUCUCUCUCUCCUCACUCUCCUCUAUCUCUCUCACUCUCUCUCUCACUCACUCUCUCACUCACUCUUUCUCUCUCUCUCACUCUCUCACUCACUCCUAUCUCUCUCACUCUCUCUCUCACUUACUCUCUCUCUAACUCUCUCUCCCUCCCUCACUCUCUCUUUCACACACACACACACUAUGUUUUCAAAGAAUGUUUUAAUCGGGCAAUAG